GCCCCCUGCAGUACCCGCGACGGCCGCCAAGAGCGCUGUGGCGCAGUCGCGCGCGGGCGGGGCCGCUUACGGAGCGAAGCGGCGGCACCACAGCUCCUGCCCGGGCCUGGCCGGUGGGCGGCAGCGGGCCUGAGCGCCCCGGGGCGCGGCCCGACGGCAUGAAGGACCUGGACGCCAUCAAGCUCUUCGUGGGCCAGAUCCCGCGCCACUUGCACGAACAGGACCUCAAGCCGCUAUUUGAGCAGUUCGGCCGCAUCUACGAGCUGACUGUGCUCAAAGACCCGCACACCGGCGUGCACAAAGGCUGUGCCUUCCUCACAUACUGCGCCAGGGACUCUGCCAUCAAAGCUCAGACGGCCUUGCACGAGCAGAAGACCCUGCCAGGGAUGGCGCGGCCGAUCCAGGUGAAGCCGGCAGACAGUGAGAGCCGUGGAGGUAGGGACCGGAAGCUGUUCGUGGGCAUGCUCAACAAGCAGCAGUCGGAGGAAGACGUGCUCAGGCUCUUCCAGCCCUUUGGCGUCAUAGACGAGUGCACAGUGCUGCGAGGACCCGAUGGCAGCAGCAAAGGCUGUGCCUUCGUGAAGUUUUCUUCCCACACAGAGGCCCAGGCUGCCAUCCAUGCGUUACAUGGCAGCCAGACUAUGCCGGGAGCUUCCUCCAGCUUGGUGGUCAAGUUCGCCGACACGGAUAAAGAGCGGACGCUACGGCGUAUGCAACAGAUGGUCGGGCAGCUGGGCAUCCUGACGCCGUCUCUCACCCUGCCCUUCAGCCCCUACAGUGCCUACGCCCAGGCUCUCAUGCAGCAGCAGACGACAGUGCUGUCCACCUCAGGCAGCUACCUGAGCCCCGGGGUGGCGUUCCCUCCCUGCCACAUCCAGCAGAUUGGUGCCGUCAGCCUUAACGGUCUGCCCGCCACACCCAUCGCUCCUGCCUCCGGGCUACACUCACCCCCACUGCUGGGCACAGCUGCUGUUCCUGGCCUGAUGGCACCCAUUCCCAACGGCUUCCCAGGCGUCCUGCCCCUUCCCGGGAGCCACCCUGCCCUGGAGACUGUGUGUGCCAAUGGUCUUGUACCCUACCCAGCUCAGAGCCCCACUGUGGCAGAGACCCUCCAUCCUGCCUUCUCCGGAGUCCAGCAGUACACAGCCAUGUAUCCCACCGCGGCCAUCGCGCCCGUGGCACACAGCGUUCCGCAGCCUCCGCACCUCCUGCAGCAGCAGCGUGAAGGUCCCGAAGGCUGUAACCUGUUUAUCUACCACCUCCCCCAGGAGUUUGGAGACACGGAGCUGACCCAGAUGUUCCUCCCCUUCGGCAAUAUCAUCUCCUCCAAGGUGUUUAUGGAUCGGGCUACCAACCAGAGCAAGUGUUUCGGAUUCGUGAGCUUUGACCACCCGGCCAGCGCGCAGGCGGCCAUCCAGGCCAUGAACGGCUUUCAGAUUGGUAUGAAGAGGCUGAAGGUGCAGCUGAAGAGACCCAAAGACCCAGGACACCCGUACUGACCACGCCCACAGCUCCUCCGCUGUGGGUCUGGCCCCAGGUGAGCCGCCAGGCGGCCCCGUGCUCCGCCCAGCCCUGGUGUCAUUCAACCCUCCUCCCAUCCCAAGCUCACUCUCCAAAUCCUGGGGGCGGGAGUGACACUCCAAGAGGCUGACUGGGGAUUCAACCCCUCCCCCAUCACCUUGUGGCUUGGGUGGCAGAGAGGGUGGGAUUAGGGUGGGGAAACCGGAGAGAAAGCUAGGAGGUUCCACCCUGGGGACUUCCUUCCCAGGGAAAGUUUUGAAGGAUGAAUAGAAGUUCAUUCUAGUGAACUUCUGGUUUGGGGCUUGUGGUCUGGGGUGCAGGAUGUGAUGGGCGGGACUUCUGUCCCAUCCUGUGAGGCUGUUCCCCCCAGCCAAGAAGCCCUAAUCCAGAGAAAGGAUGCCGUACAGCACACACCCAGAUCUGUGUCCCUACAGCUGAACUUGGAAUGCCCAGUUAAGCUUGGCCCAGGACUGAAGCAGAGGAAAUGGGGACACGCCAUAGUCUUGUGGUCCCCCACCUCUGUCCUCACCAGCCCCCGUGGACCCUGAGAAUCCUGUCUUCUAAUUUCAUGCCCAGUGGGUUAACAAAACCCAGAGUGCCGCUUGCAAUCUCACAAAACAAACAACACAAAACCAAAUACCCAAACAAACAAGCAAAAAACCCCAAAAGUCAACUUCCCCUUCAACAUUCUCUGCACUUUCUUUGGGACUGAACUGAUUUUAAAAGGUGGAACCAACUGAACAAUGACGUCAUGGAGGUGACAGCUCAGCUACCAGCAGCAGCAGCCUUCAGAGCACCCAGGAAUACUUUUUCUUUUAGGUUUUUUUUUUUUUUCCUUCUUCUACCACCCAGCCCAGGGCCUGGUAGAGAUCGGCAGUCUUUAAUCCUUCAGUGUUUUUGUCCGUUAUCUGGGUCUUUUGGGCUUUAUCUAUUUUGGCUUCGAUUAGGAAACCCAUCAAUCAGGUAGAAACCCCCAGACGGCUGCCAUAUUUUCACUUUUAACCCAGUGUUCUGCUCACCAUCUGCUCUGGGCUGGGCAGGGGGGUUCCAUGUCAGGAGCAAAUGCCCCCGUACUGAUGGUGACUGUCAGGAACUGUUAUUUUGAAAACGCUGGGGUUUUCUUGCCAGGACAAAGUGGGGCAGGGUGUUCUGUGCCCCACUCUACUGCUCCCCAAUAUUCCCCCAUCCUCCCCAGGUUGAGCGGUUCCCCCGCUUCCAACCACUCCAGGACUUUUAUGUAAAUUACAGCCAAGUUUGGACACCAGCUCUCCCAGUGACCCCCUUCCUCCACCUGUUCCCCACUCACGGCCCCCCAAAUUCCGAAGCCACCAAAAGCCACCUGAGGUACAGAAGGCUCCGUGGUGUGUCGUGGGGCGGGGAACAGGAGUCUGAGCCCGGGUCUGAGGGGCCCAUACACUGCCAAUCACCACCCGCCCCUCGACUUGGGGACACCCCCCACCUGACUCGGCUUUUCCGGUAUCCCCCUUAGCCAGGAACCCCCCCUUCCUACUCCCUGUAGCUGCGCAUAGAUGUGCGCGCACCAUAGACUAUAUAUUUUUGGAGAAUGAACCACAGCGGCCAAACUCCGUCUGAGGAGGUGGCUCUGAGCCGGCCAAUCAUCGGGGACCAAGGACAGACCAGCUGAGGCCGGCUGGACGCCAAACCAGGACCCCGCCAACACCAUAUACCUCCAGUUUCUGGGGUCUCCACGGCUGCCGCCCCUGCCCUGCCCCUCCCGCUUUCAUAGCCUUACUUGGGUGACCAGGUGUCCUUAGCUUCCUGCCCAGGAAGCCUCCUGUCCCCCACUGCCCACCCAGAUCGCAACCCCCUCGUCCUCCAAUCACCAGCCGUAAACUGAAGGUCUUGUGCCGGAGGUCACCGUGAGUCGGACGUGGCCAGCCGGACACGGUUACUGACCCCGCGGACUCCACACUUCUCCUCCUCCUCCUCCUCCUCCUCCUCCUCCUCCUCCUCCUCCUCCUCCUCCUCCUCCUCCUCCUCCUCCUUCUCUCUCUCUCUCUCUCUCUCUCUCUCUCUCUCUCUCUCUCUCUCUCUCUCUCUCUCUCUCAUUAUGUUGGUGAUCUUUUUCUGAGUGAGUGCCAACAAGACGGCAGAGAAGAGCGCCGAGGGGGCGGGGACUCACUGAUAACCCGCUUUUGAUUCCUAGUUGGAGGUUUGGGAAGACUUUGGUGGGGGAGCCACCCCUUGUAUAUUACCCAGCCUGCCCACACACACCACAAAGCACAGAGUCGUUAAUUUGGACAUCCCACCAAGCGGGAGUGGGGGUGGGGGUGGGGUCCGGAUCCCUUCUGACUCGUCCAAAAGCAAAAGAGACAACGUUUUUUUAAGGUUUAAAAAAAUGUAAAAACAAGCAAAAAAAAAAAAAAUCCCUUUUCGUUUCUACCAAAAUGUUUGUUGACUGACCUAAAUCAAAGGGGGGGGGACAAAAAAAAUCACCCCGAUUCUGCCCACCUUGUUUCGCGUUUCCGGUUCGAUAUUCUGAACGGAACACUGUAAGACUGUGUUAUGAAGUGUGCGAGCGUGUGUGUCCGGGUGUCGCUGUGUCCCCACCCCCCCCACCCCCCGUCCCCGGCGCCCCAUGCAGGUUGCCCGCUGAGUGCGUGCUGGCGUGCGCUGGCGUGCGCGCCGUCUAGUUCAUGUUUACGAGCUGUAAAUACCAUUUUUAUACUCCACACGGGAGACCCUAUGUGAUUUGUACAACGGGCUUAAUUUCUGCUACAAUGAAUUUCGUGAAAUUUCAAGCUUCAGUUUUGGAGACCAGCAGAGGGGGAAGGCCGAGGGUGGAGAGGGAAUGUGGGGUUUGAGUCCCGUGCCUCCUGUUCGUGUGCGAAGGAGCGAGCUUCUCAAAGUCAAAUCACCUCUCCUUGGUCUGGAAAAGAAAACAAAAAACCUAAAAGUUUAUUUAAUAAAAGUUUUACUUGUUAACAGGGA